AUGGCAACGGGAAAUAAAUCAAACUUAUGUUCAAUUUGCAAUAAAUUACCAGGAAUACGCUUUUGCUUUGGAUGUAAUAAAUACUUUUGCCCAAAAGACUUCAGAGAACAUGAAAAACAAUUAGCGAUUAAAUUCGAUGAUGAAAUAAUUAGAUCGCAUGAUGAACUUCUUGACCAAAUACAAAAAUUAGAAAAAUCAAAUUAUUUGUCAUUGAAUCUUUUCGCUCAAAUUGAACAAUGGAAAAAAACAACAAUCAACAAAGUUGAAAAAGUAGCAGAAAAGGCACAUCUUGAACUUAUCAAGCUAAUCGAUGAAAAACGAGCAGAAAUAACAGAACAACUUCAAUUAAUUACAAAAGAAAUUCGUUCACGUCGAGAAGAAGAAAUUUUUGUUGAAAAUGAUAUAGAUCAGCUUAAACAAGAAAUCAAUAAAAUUACACAAAAACUUGAAAAACUCAUUCAAAAUGAUAAAACUCAAAGCAUCAUUGUUGAAAAUAAUCAAAUUGAUUGGGAUCGACUAAUUUACAUUCGAGAAAUCCAAGAUGAACAUGAAAUCCAAGGAAAACAAAUAAACUUACCACUACGUGCGAGUUCGAUUGAUAUUCAUCCGAAUGCAAAAUGGAAACAAAGUGGAAUCACUGUAGCUGGAGGCAAUGGACGAGGCAGUGGAAUCAAUCAACUCUUAGAACCACGAAAUCUGUACGUUGAUGAUGAACAAACAAUUUAUAUCGCUGAUUGUGAAAAUCAUCGUAUCAUGGAAUGGAAAUGUGGUGCAACUAAUGGCAAUGUGGUUGCCGGUGGAAAUGAAAGUGGAAACGGAGCUCAUCAGUUAAACCGCCCAGAUGAUGUGAUUAUCGACAAAGACAGAGAUAGUCUCAUCAUCAGCGAUUACGGGAAUCAAAGAGUAGUUCGAUGGCCUCGUCGAAAUGAUACUAGUGGAGAGAUUGUUCUUUCGAACACCUCUUGUGUGGGUUUGACAAAAGAUGAGAGUGGAUCUCUCUAUGUGGUCGACGAUGGAAAACAUGAACUGAGACGAUAUAAAAGUGGUGACACUCAAGGAACAGUGAUUGCAGGUGGCAACGGAGAAGGAAAUCGUCUCGAUCAACUCUACCAUCCCCACUACGUAUUUAUCGAUCGAGAUCAUUCAGUGUAUGUGUCUGAUUGUUGGAAUCAUCGUGUAAUGAAAUGGGAAGAAGGAGCAAAACAAGGCAUUGUCGUAGCCGGUGGCCAAGGGCAAGGAAAUAGUCUUACACAAUUGUCAGGUCCUCAAGGAAUCGUUGUCGAUCAAUUGGGUACUGUCUAUGUGGCUGAUUAUCAUAAUCAUCGGAUCAUGCGUUGGCCAAAAGGAGCAACACAGGGAAGUGUCAUUGCUGGUGGAAAUGGUAAAGGAGCUCAGUCGAAUCAAUUCGAUUGUCCCGUAGGUAUAUCAUUCGAUCGAUAUGGCAAUCUCUAUGUCGUCGAGUUUGGAAAUAAUCGAGUACAAAAAUUUAACAUCGAAUAA